AUGCAGUUCUUUAAACGGAGCAAGAAGCCCGGUCAGGACGUUGAUCUCAGUAACGAUGACUCUGUGCCGCCUGCGAAACCAACAUCAGAUGAGGAGGGCGAGGGCGGAAAGAACGAGAUUAGUCUGGCACGCACAAAGACAGAGGAUAUCGUCUAUCCGACUGGGCUCAGACUUGCUCUGCUCAUGACCAGUGUCUUCAUCUCUAUGUUCCUCGUGGCACUCGACCGGCUAAUUAUCUCGACCGCAAUCCCCCAGAUCACGGACGACUUCCACUCCGUGACUGACAUCGGGUGGUACGGCUCGGCCUACCUGCUCACCAACUGCUCGUUCCAGCUGAGCUUCGGCAAGCUGUACAGCUUCUACAGCGUCAAGGGCGUCUUCCUCGUCUCCAUCGGGCUCUUCGAGAUCGGCUCCGCUAUCUGCGGCUCCGCGCCCAACUCGGUCGCCUUCAUUGUUGGCCGGGCCAUCGCGGGCCUCGGGAGCGCUGGCAUCUUCUCCGGCGGGAUCACUGUUAUAGUAUAUGCCGUCCCUCUUCAUAAGCGCCCGCUUUACCAAGGUUUAUUCGGGGCGGUGUUCGGGCUCGCUUCCGUCAUAGGACCUCUGCUCGGCGGCGCUUUCACGAGCAAUGUCAGUUGGAGAUGGUGCUUCUACAUCAACCUACCGAUCGGCGGUGCCGCGAUGAUUUUCAUCCUCUUCCUGCUGAAGGUUCCGGACAGAGAGACGACGCGUCUUCCCAGGAGGGAGAAGCUGGCUCAGCUCGAUCCCAUCGGGGUGGCCCUGCUCCUCCCAGGCGUCAUCUGCCUGCUGUUGGCCCUGCAAUGGGGUGGUCUUGAAUACCCAUGGCGCAACGGUCGCAUCAUCGCCCUUCUCACACUGGCAGGCUGUCUCCUGCUCGGGUUCAUCGCGUGCCAGAUCCUCAAGCCCAAGACCGCGACCAUCGCGCCCCGAAUCUUCUGCCAGCGGAGCAUCAUGGCCGGCUUCUGGUCCACCUUCUGCAUCGGAUCUUCGAUGAUGAUCAUGGUCUACUACUUGCCGAUAUAUUUUCAAGCUAUCAAAGGUGUUAAUGCCGUUGACUCUGGCAUCCGGUUGCUCCCUAUGGUUCUACCCAUGGUCGUAUCGUCUAUAGCGACGGGCGUUCUUAUUUCUAAGAUCGGAUAUUACACGCCGUUCAUGCUCGGCGGUGUUGUCCUUCUCUCGAUAGGAGCCGGCCUACUCACGACCCUGCAGCUCGGUACUGGUCAGGGCAAGUGGGUCGGAUACCAGGUCAUCUACGGUUUCGGUAUGGGUGCCACCUUCCAGGCGCCGAACCUCGCGGCACAGACGGUGCUCCCGACGGCCGACGUGCCCAUUGGCACCUCCCUCAUGUUCUUCUCCCAGCUCCUGGGCGGGUCCAUCUUCAUCUCGGUCGGGCAGAACGUGCUCAACAACGAGCUCGUCAAGAACCUGUCCGGUGUCCCCGGUUUCAACCCGGCGUCUAUACUGAAUGCGGGCGCGACGACGCUGACGCACCUAGCCGAGCCGCUCAGGACCACGGUACUGCUCGCGUACAACGAGUCGCUCAGGACGGUGUUCCGCGUCGGCCUGAUCAUGACCUGCCUGACGAUUUUCGGCGCGGCGAGCCUCGAAUGGCGGAGCGUCAAGAGCAAGAAGCCCGGGGCCAAGAAGGACCAGGCCCACAGUGCGGCAGAAGAAGGCGCGGCGGCCACGACCACCGAGGCUCGCGUCGCUGAGGCCGUAAUUACGAGCAACUCGGAAGAAAGACCGCGUCCCGUGGACCCUGAGAAGCAUGCUGCUGAUGAUGAGGCGAGUUCCCGGUCCGAGGCCGAGAAAGUGACUGCGCAGAAAGAUGCCUGA